UCCACCCCUCCCUCCCACCAUCUCUGUCUGGUUGGAGACUGCGACUGUAGGCAGCCAGGAAGAUCCCGGGGACAACACAUACAUAUACAUACACACGUCCACUCGGCUGCUGCACCAUGAAGGCCAUUAUCCAGAGGGUUGCAAAGGCCAGUGUUACAGUGGGCGAGGAGCAAAUCAGCUCAAUCGGCCGAGGGCUGUGUGUGCUAUUGGGCAUUUCUGUGGAGGACACCCAGAAAGACAUGGAAUACAUGGUUCGCAAGAUCCUGAACUUGCGGUUGUUUGAAGACGAGAACGGCAAGCACUGGUGCAAGAGUGUGAUGGACAAGCAGUAUGAGAUCCUCUUUAUCAGCCAGUUCACACUGCAGUGCGUGCUGAAGGGGAACAAGCCCGACUUCCACCUGGCCAUGGGUGCUGAGCAGUCCGAGACCUUCUACACCAGCUUCCUGCAGCACGUCAGGAAGGCCUACAGUCCUGAGCUUGUUAAAGAUGGAAAAUUCGGAGCCUUCAUGCAAGUGCACAUACAGAAUGACGGUCCUGUCACCAUUGAGCUGGAGUCACCUACAGGCCUUUCGGACCCAAGGCAGUUAACAAAAUUGGAAAAGCAGCAGCAGAGAAAGGAAAAGACAAGAACUAAAGCACCUUCGGAAUACACCAAGGAGAAAAGUUCCUCCCGCAGCAAGGAUGACCCCAGUGCCAGCAGUGGUGCGGACGGGGAUGUGUCUUCAGAGAGAGAGCCCUAAAACUCUCCUCCGUACACACUGUGACUUUCUUUUGGGAACACUGCACUGGUUUAUGGAUCCCUCCUGAUUUCAUGGAAUAUUUAAGAUGCAUUGCCCCCCCCCCCACCCCCCCAUCAUGCAAGGCACCGCGAGAACGGAAGAGGAAGAGAAACAAAAUCAAAGACUUGGAUGAGCUCUCGAAACCCAAAAUGUCGCUGCAAUUAAAGUUGUUGAGAAUGAAGUCCCCCACGAAAUCUUCAGCCCCGAUCGCCCUAGCGAUCUUUGAAAAUUCCCUCUAGAAUAUUUGGAGUUGCUCUCCUUCCACGAGGAACAGCGAGCGUUGGUUUCCGCACACUAGCUCCUAGCGGUACAGCACAACGUAGGGUUGGCUUUGACUUUUUAUGGAGCCAAUACUUCAAGCCAUGGAGCACAAUUAGUGACAACCAUCUCAGUCACCAGAAUGAAUCUCCACCGAAGCAGAUUGAGGACUGACUACUCAAUGGUUGAGUUUGGCAUGAGAUUAAUUCUGCACUGCAUUUCUGCGUCAUUCGUGAAAAAGUACACCCACAUUCAAUUGUGCCUGGGUAAGAACCCUCCACAGAAAGUUCUUAUACGAUGUCUAUGUGGUACCGAGUAUUUAUGGAUUCUAUGUCAGGUUUCCUGUUGGGAUUCACAGAUUAGAGGGAUGCGCAGUAGAAGUUGUGACUCCGAUAACUAAGAUUGUCCCGCUUAUCUCAAACUUUUCCUGAUGACGUUCGCUCCAAUCCACUCCCCCCCCCCUCCUCCCCCCCACACCUCCACCCCAUCAACCCGUCAAGGGUUUGCUACCAAAGAGAGACACAAAACGCUGGAGUAACACAGCAGGUCAGGCAGCAUCUGUGGAGAAAAUGGAUAGGUGACGUUUCUGGGCGGGACCUUUCUUCCCACUUCUGAUUCUUUGGGGUCUGAAGAAGGGUCUUGAGCCAUGUAUCUCUCCAUGUCCUGACCCGCUGAGUUACUCCAGCAUCCUGUGUCUAUCGUUUAGCGUCGACCAGCAUCCGCAGUCCCUCUUUAUCAGUGUUUGCUUCCCUUCGAUUCCUUGUAGAUGUUAGACAUUAGAAAGGGAACAAGUGAGUCGGAAAAAAUAAAAGGGCCGAUUUAAAAAAAGGCGACAGUGAUAAUUAAAACGGAAGGAAUAAAAACUCAAAUUAAAUUGUGUUGCUUAGAUAUUAGGUCUUUAAAUGGUGAAUCUUUACAGAACUGAAAGUUGAGGGCCAGCAAAAAUCUCACGGGUCCUGUGACACCACUCAGUGCUUCUCAAGCAACUCCAAGCACUGCCCACUAUUGGUGGUUUAGAAGGAAAUGAAACACAGUUUUGCUCAAAUUUUAACUAAAAACAAUUUAAAGACUUUGGGAAUGCAUUUGCAUUUAAGGCAUUGUCAAUCUGUUAGGUAAAGGAUAUUCUGGACCCAACAUGGGAGUAUUGGUCCAGAAAUAAGUCACCGUGCACAGGACAUCAUGCUCAACUCUGAAAAUGUGGAAAUAUUGACAUCACACUACACUGAGGGUGUGUGUGAUAGUGUCCUUGCACUACACUGCAGGUGUGCACGAUAUUGCCCUCACACUACAGUGAGUGUGUGCGUGAUAUGAUCCUUACAUGUUAUAAAUUAUAGGACUAGAUUCAGCUCAUUCGGCCCAACAAGCCCACUCCCCACUGCACUGUGGGUGUGUGUGAUAGUGUCCUUACAAUACACUGACCAUGUGUGAAUAGUGUUCUUACGCUACACUGAUUGUGUGUGUGUGUGAUAUUGUCCAAACCCCACACUGAGGGUAUGCGGAAUAAUAGUGUUGUUACUCAUCUCUGGUUAGCAGCACUAACAGUCCUGUUAGAGAAUUGGAUCAUAUAUUGUAGGCCUAGUAUCCUGACUCGAUGGGUUCCUGAAUCAUAGCCUGUGACACCCGCGGCCAUGCAUUCCUGGAAUUUACUAUCCUGGCCAAAUCCCACUAUGCCAUCAGCUCUGAGGAAUUGGUUUUGCCAGUCAAACACUGUGGUUCAGCAACGAUAUCCUGACGGUUCAGGCCAGUUCGGAGAGAGAGAGAGAGGAGUUGCAUGUGUCACCUGAAGUUAGAGAAAUUGAUACACAUACCGCUGGGUUGCGAGCAGCUCUUUAUGGAAAGCGGGAUGGUUACAAACGCUGGUCCUGUAAAUGCAAUCUCUGCUCUUCACAGUCUGUGCUUCCCAAAAGGAAACAAUUGUACAGGUACCUCAUUUCCUAGCGUGUUAUUCUGUAAAACACAAAAGGUGUUGUCUUGAUCUGAAGGAUGUUGUUUCUAUUUUUCUUCCUGGUGCGUCAUGAUUAUUUCGUAAAUGUUUUGUGAGGAUGUGAUAGCUGUGAUUGAAUUCUGAAGAUCUCUGUUUGACGUUGACGAGGCUGUGCAUCAGUCCCCGAAAUCUAACCUGCCGGAGUGUACCCACAGUGAUCAUCCUCGUUUUUGGGGGGCAAUGUGCGCUAGGUAUCACCCGUGGAUUUCAUGCAAAAUCUGUUUUGGUUGCACGUUGCUCAUAGGCAGUGGUGGUGGCCAUGGUGUAGAUCCUUCCACGGGGCCAAACAAGCUCGGUGAUCCAGCCAUCCCAGGAGAGCCUGGUCAACCCCAACGGCGCAAUCCAUCCCGUGAUCCAGUCCAUCCCAGAAUCAAUUCAACUCAGCACUCUCGGAGCCAGGAUCCAUUCAAGCUCCCUCAUCGAGUCAUGUUCUAGGAGCAGGAUUAGGCCAUUCGGCCCAUCAAGUCUACCCUGCCAUGAACACAAAAUGCCGGAGUGACUCAGCGGGACAGGCAGCAUCUCUGGAGAGAAGGAAUUGGUGACGUCUCGGGUCUUCAGACCGACCCGAAACGUCACCUAUUCCUUCUCCAGAGAUGCUGCCUGUCCUGCUGAGUUACUCCAGCAUUUUGUGUCUAUCUUCAGUUUAAACCAGCUUCUGCAGUUCUCUCCCACACACAAGUCUAUUCCGCCACUCAGUCGUGGCUGAUCUAUCCCUCUCACCCCAACUCUCCUGGUUUCGCCCCAUAUCCCCUGAUGCCUGUACCAAUCAAGAAAGAGUCCACCCAGGAACCAAGCCAGUUCGAUGACCCAAUCCAGUCAGAAAUUAGUCCAGCUAGCCCAUUGAUCCAAUCCCCUCUGGGGUAGAAACUAGUUGGGUGAUCCAACCCGCACCUCAGCUUGUCCACCCAGGGACACAGUCCUCAGUCAUCUGAUUUGGCCAUGGAAAACAAUCCAGCUCAGUUAUCCAUUCCACCCAGUGGCCUGACACUGUUUAAUGAAGGAAACUGCAAAUCUGAUCAUAAUUCAACACAACUAAGGUGGGCCACCCAAUACAUAGAGUACAGCUUCACAUGUGCAGGAACGAGGGCUCUAUCGCUGUGAGAUUCGAGGGAUAUAGUUGGGGCAAUUGGAACAAUUUUGUUAGCCCAACAAUCCCGCAGAGAUUGAAAUUUACGAAAGCACUAGUGUUGCAAACACUGACCUAUUUGGACUUGAAUAUUACGAUAAUAUUUGCUGCUAAAUGUGCAGGUUUUUACCAAAUUCAAACAUUUAGAUCUUCUGUCUUCAAAGAAAUCUUACUGUGUUCAAACUGCCAUUGCUGAAUCGGCACUGGAUGGGGAGGGGGGGCAAGUGUACAAUCAGAGUUUGUUACAUCGGGGUGUAAGCUGCUUUUUGUUUUGCUCUGUGUAUAAAAUACAGAAGGUGCGGUAUUCAAAUAUUUUCCUUGUGAUCUUUUCACCAAAUUCAUAAACCUGUGUUACGAACAAUAUUUGUGCCGUGUUGUCGGACUGUGUUAACGUACUGUUUUUGACUGGCUUUAAUAAACAACUUGCUUUGUUCA